AUGUUCAACAGAGAAUACACGGAGAUUAAAAUGCACAAUAAACAGUGGCGCUCCAUGGCAUUUUUUUGUCCAAACACAGAAGAGACUUCUGAAAUUUGCCUUCCCAAUUCUUUUUCUCAAUUUCUUUUGCCAACUUACACAAACUUGAUCCACAAACUUGAUCAAACCAUGUCAGCUCUCAAGAGGCAGAAUUUGUAUAAUAAUCCUUUCAACUCUGUGAGUUAUGCGAGCCCUUACAGUCCAAAUGCAAGCAGCCCAUACAGCAGUGGCUUCAACUCUCCAUCCUCAACCCCAGUGCGACCUCCUAUAGUCAAACAGCUCAUACUUCCUGGAAAUUCAGGUAACUUGAAAAGCUCAUCAGACAGAAAUCCUCCCCUCAGUCCUCAGUCCUCAAUAGAUAGUGAGUUAAGUGCUUCAGAAUUAGAUGAAGACUCCAUUGGAUCCAAUUAUAAGCUAAAUGAUGUAACAGAUGUGCAGAUUUUAGCACGAAUGCAGGAAGAAAGUCUCCAACAGGAAUAUGCAGCCACCACAUCUCGGUGUAGUUCUGGUUCAUCUUGCAAUUCUACAAGACGGGGUACUUUUAGUGAUCAGGAACUUGACGCACAAAGUUUAGAUGAUGAAGAUGACAAUAUGCAUCAUGCGGUAUACCCUGCUGCUAACAGGUUUUCAGCAUCACCACGCAAUUCACCUCGACCAUCACCUAAGCAGUCACCCAGAAAUUCACCUCGUUCACGAUCUCCUGCUCGGGGAAUAGAAUAUACUAGAGUGUCCCCACAGCCUAUGAUUAGCCACUUACAGCAGCCUCGCCUUUCAUUUCAAGAUCAUCCCACAGAUUUACAGACGAGCAAUGUUAAAAAUGAAGAAAAACUAAGACGCAGUCUUCCAAAUCUGUCCCGAACAUCUAAUACGCAAGUUGAUUCAGUAAAAAGCAGCAGAAGUGACUCAAAUUUUCAAGUGCCAAAUGGAGGAAUACCUCGUAUACAACCUCAGGCUUCAGCCAUACCUUCUCCAGGCGAAUUUCGCUCCCCUUCAGCACCGUCUCCUUUGGCUCUUCGGCAGCCAGUGAAAGCAUUUAGUAACCAUGGCAUUGGCUCUCCUGGUAGCCAAGAAACAGCACAGCUCACACAAACCACCUCCUCACCUGUGCCGCCCAUGCAUCAGAACCCAGGUCCAGCAAACCCUCCCAGCAAUAUCAACAGUGCUACUCUAACCAGACCUGCAGGAAUGACUGCAAUGAGAAGUGGCUUGCCCAGACCCAGUGCCCCUUCUGCUGGGGGUAUACCAGUGCCUCGCAGCAAGCUUGCACAACCUGUUCACAGAUCCUUGCCAGCUCCUAAAACCUACAGCAGCAUGAAAGAUGACAGCUGGAAAGAUGGCUGUUACUGACCAGCAAAGACAAGAAUGCA